UAUUUUCAGUAAAACGCUUUCACUGGUUUAAAAUACACUUUCAAAUGAGGUGCUUGUCAAUCAUUUACCCCUUAAACCCUAGAGUCCCGUUGCAUAGAAUUAGGGUUUUCCUUCAGCUCAUCUCCUUCUCUAUCACAUUCCUCACCGAAGCACAAAUUGGUCGCAUUUCAGCAUUCAACCAUGGCUCUCCCUCUAAUUGGCUCCACAAAUUCUCCAGAUACGACCAACAUGAAAACUCUAAUCGGCAAAAACUACGACCUCAAGCUAACCCAAUCAAUCCAAAACCUUUUAUCCGAAAUUGACAAGCAAAACCGCAAAUUCUCUGACUUUAUUGAGGAAUUCUACGAAUUGAUGCAAACCCGAGUCGACCCGCAUCUCGAAUUCAUCUGGGUCUCCGCCGCAUUGACCUUUCAGGGCCGGAAUCAUCCGAAAGACGAUCCUUUGGAUCGAGUGUCAGCCGCAGAGGACUUAUUUCAGCUGCUGUCCAUGUGCUCUGCUUCUUGCGGUUCUUCGAAGAGUGUCGCGCUGCUCGCUCCGGUGGUUCGCAAGGUGUACAAUGUGUCUGUUGAUUUGUUUAGGAGGGACUUGUCGUUAAAGAGAGAGAAGAAAGUGAUGAGAAAGGUUAGGCAUUUUGUGGGAACGAUUCUUGGUUAUAUUAAUUUGUGUUCUUGUUAGGAUUCGGGUGAGAGUGAUGGGUUGAUUACAGUGAUGGGAUUAAUUCGUGUUUGGAUGAACUCAAAUGGGGGUUGGAAUCUUUCUUGCCCUUAGUGAGCUAUGACAUUUUUGGAGGGCUUAGUGAGGGAGAAUGUGAUGUGAAUUACUUGGCUGGAGUCGUUAUUGCAGAGUGUUUUUGUUGAAACUCUGCUUGGAUUUCAAAGUCUUGGACUUCGUGGAAGGAGUUGGAGAAGGAGUUAAGCACUUGGGCUAUUGGUUCCGUUACCAUGUUUCAGAACUGUUAUCUUUUCGAUGUCCUUUUGAGGAUGCUGCUGGAGGAGACUUUGCCUGUUACCUCCCUAUUGAGUAAUGAAGAUGAAGUUUUGUUGAGAAAAGUGUUGUAUGAUGCCAUCGUAUUGGUUGAGUAUUCGUUCCUCAACCCUGACCCCGAGAGAGUGAUUCACGUACCUGCUGAGCUCAUGAAAAGUAUUGCCAUGGAAAGAUUGAUCGUUGCUCAUGAAGCAGUGGAAUAUUUUAGGGAGAACCGGGAUCAGAGGAGAGCCGUCUCUUAUGUAAACGCAUUUUCUGGUUCAAAGUUACCUUCUCAAAUAAUUAAAUGGGUAAAGAAACAGAUUUAUGUGGAUGAUGGUGCAAUCAGGUUCAAUUUUGCAGGUUUUUAUUAAAGCUCUCUCUAAUAUUGAUCUAAUUAUCCAGAAUGGCUUCUUAACCUUGAGGAUCGAGGCUUCAAAUUAUUUGGUGAUAGCAUUGUGAAGUUUCGUACCAAACUGGCUCUUGAUGUAUCCAAAUCAGACUCCUUGCAACCAGCAGCUUCGAAGUUGGAUGGCAAGAAAGUGGAUGACGAACUUUUUUACAUAGAUAACAAGGGAGAAGAUGAACACAAAGAUGAGGAAGAUGAAAAGGUGAACAGAUCCACGAAUGCUGUAUUUGUGGAUGCUGCACAUGCAAUGACAUCGUCGGAGAAAAGGGGAAGAAAACGAAAAGGGAAAAACGCUGAGAAGAAGGAGAAGAUAAAAUUUGUUAAGUAUGACCUUCAUCAGAAAUCCGACUCAGCUGGUGGGAGGCCCUCACUUAUCAGCAACGAUAGCAUAAACAGUGGGAGUGAAGCUGAGAAUCCACAUUCCGACGAGGAUACAGAAUGAGAAGAGCAGUAAUGUCAUUGCUUAGGAGAUCCAUGAAAAUGUAUACUAUACUAUCGUAGGGUGACGCUGCACCGUCCCGUACCGUACCAGUUUUGUUGUUAUUUUAGUAGUCAUUAAAUAGGGCAUGUCGCAUUUUUGGUGUAACUUAUUUUUCUUGAUGGGACAUGUCACAUUUGUUGUGCAAUAGUGAGGAAUAUAAACAUCUUGGUGAAGCAUAAAAUUUUGGUGCUACUUUGGACA